UCAAACUACAUUCACAUCAAUACAAAGUUGUCUCAUACAACAAAAGCCAUCCCCAAAUUGAGUUGAUUAAAGAGUGUGUACCUUUUUCAAUCAAUAUACAGAUAGAGCAGAUUUACCACUUAUCAAUAUACCAACAAGUUCAGGAUAGUUCAACCAUUGGUUUUUAGCCUCACCAGUAAUUAAGUGACUAUUGGUUUUUAAGCUUAACACUUCAAAAAAGCAAAUUCAGCUUAAAAAAAAAAGAUUCACACCAAAUAGAACAUUUUUUUAAUAAAAAAAUUAGAUGACCAUUUUUUUUUUUUUUAAGGUUAACAUUGUAUUAAAUUUAUAAAAAUUAUUACAAAAUGGCGAAAUUUAAAGACACAACGAACAUACGUGGUGCCCUAUACAAAAAGGAAUGCCCAAAAAAUGCUUGAUAUGCCAAGACGGAAGUAGGGUGGAAGUUUUUGGAUAUAUAACAUGAAUAUAUAUAGAAAAAUUUGUACAUCAAUUUCUACAAAUUUUUCAAUUGAUCCGAAAAAUAACCUUAGUGUUUUUCUAAAUAGAUAAAUUAUGAAUGAUUUGAAUUAAUUAUUAAAUUGUUUGGUUUUGAUUUGAGAGAAAAAAUAAAAAAAAAACGGAUGGGUGAUUUAGGGUUUAAUAACAUGGGAUACCGAUGCAAAAACAUGGGCAUCAUAGUGGAUCUGUAAAGAAUCGUUAUAUUAAAAUCGAUUUGAUGCAUCAUUACCUGAAGAUGUUGUUCCAAAAAACAUGAUGAAGGUUUUGAGCUUCAAUAACUUGCGGGAAGCUUAUGACUGCACGCCCUAUAACCCCGAGGCUUCUAAUCUCAACUUCUCUUCUUCUUGUUUCUCACUCACCCCAACUCUCCCCUAUUUCUCUCUCUGAAUUCCUCUACCUCCCGUGGCUCCAAAGCGUCCGGUCUGGUGUGGCAGAGGGCCUGGUGCUCCUGUCUGGUCUCCAGGUCUGGUGGGGCAGAGGGCCUGGUGCGGCAGAGACGUGCUGAAGGAAGCAAAAUUGGCUACCGGCGAUCACGGGUUUUGCCCUUUUCUUUACUCUGCGAUCAUGACCGUCGAAAUAUAUGGACGGUGUAUAUUAGUUAAACCGUGUCUCAAGACCUCCAUAGGCAUCCGCAUAGGCAUCCGCGUGAUAACUGCACCCCAAAUAUCUUAAACCCAGGACAGAGUUCUGCUUGGACUUUGGCUUCGGACGCGUAGUUCGGACGCGUAGGACCGAAGCCCGCAUUCUACCAUCGCCAUUUGGCCGGACGCGUAGGACCGAAGCCCUUCAACGGGCAUUCGACCCUCGCCAUUUGGCCGGAGUUUCGCAGUUUUCCCGACGAAAAUGGCCGGAAUUUUGGUCGGAGAGAGAGUGGUGGUUUUUCUGAUCAUCGCUCGCGUUUUAUUCUCUGUUUUCAGAAGCCCCUCUUCGCUAUUGGUUGAGGGUGUGGCCCUCUGCCUCCUUGCUCUUGUCAGCUUCAUGAUGGAGAUUUUGAUCGAUUGUGGUGCGCUAGGGCUUUCCCGAUUCAAAACCAGGCCUGGUGCUUCAUCAGGGAUAUUAUUGGGAGCAACCACACUACCUACUGUCUUUCUCUCGCGAAUGAUUCAACUCUGUAGAGCACUUCCAGAGCAUCAUACUGGAGAGCACGAGCAUGGAAUCUUGAAACUGCAAUAUUGGGCAGCAUCUGUGAGCAGCCUUGGUGUGCUUAUGUUCCUUUCUUUACUUCAAAGGAACUUGAGUUCCGGUAGAACUUCUUUUGGCCUGGGAAAUAUGCGCCAUGUAAGGGCUGGCAUGCUCCUCUUAGUCAUAUAUGUGGGCCUUUGUUAUCUUUCCCUUACAUCAAAUGCGAAUGGUGAUUCUUAUGUGGCAACAAUGAUGCUAUGGAUACUGUUCCAGGGAUUGGUAUCAGUGAAACUAAUUCAGCAGAUUCUACUGUCUUUUCCAUCAUGUGCUUCUAUAGGGGAGGCAUUACUGGUUACAGGCAGCCUUGUGCUUUACUUCGCAGAUAUGUUUGCCUUCACUCUAUCUAGGAACACUGGUGCGCUUAUCCAGGCCAACUUAUCCAUUUUAUCAUCAAAAUCGUUCUCCUCUGGACAUGAAGAUGACAAAAGCAAGAUAAGCACCAUAAUUCAGGGAGUACUUGUUGGCCUUCUCCUCCUGCCUCUAUUCUACAAAUCUGUUCUUUGGAUUUGGUUUUCUUCCGGAGCUUUGAUCAAGUCUGAAACUCAUGCAUUUGAGGGCAGGGCAUCAGCAGGGAUGGGAAGAUCUCUUAUCUUUUAUGCUUCUCUGGGAAUCAUGUUGAUUCUAGUAGUUCCAGCCUGGUUGCACUAUGUUCAUGUUCUUGAAGUGCAUCCUGCUUCAUGGAUUCUUUCCUUCAUCUUCACGGAGCCACUAAAACGGCUUAUGCUGUGCAUUUAUUGGUUAAUUGUUAUAUGUUUCUCUGUCUUCCGCUUCUACAAUAUAUCAAAAAGCAGCAAAAUUGAAAGGAUUCUACUCCGAAAAUACUAUCAUCUCGUGGCUGUCAUAAUGUUUGUUCCUGCUCUUAUCUUUCAGCCAGAUUUUCUGGAUCUUGCAUUUGGUGGAGCAGUUGCAGUUUUCUUGGUGUUGGAGAUGAUUAGAGUGUGGAAGAUUUGGCCACUGGGAGAUCUUGUAGAUCAGUUCAUGAAUGCUUUUACAGAUCAUCGUGAUUCGGACAUUCUUAUAGUUAGCCAUUUUUCACUUCUACUGGGUUGUGCACUUCCAAAGUGGAUGUCUGCUAGAUUCUACGAUCGGCCCCUUGUUCCUUUUGCUGGAAUUUUGAGUCUCGGAAUAGGCGACACCAUGGCGUCGAUGGUUGGUUACAAAUAUGGGGUUCUACGGUGGAGCAAGACUGGCAAGAAAACUGUUGAAGGUACUGCUGCUGGCAUAACAUCCGUCCUAUUUGCCUGCUCAGUUCUCCUUCCUCUUCUAGCCUCGAAGGGCUAUAUACUUUCCCAGCAUUGGUUAUCAUUAGCUGUGGCAGUCACGUUGAGCGGUUUGCUAGAGGCCUACACCACACAGCUUGACAAUGCCUUCAUUCCUCUUGUGUUCUAUGGCCUCCUUUGUCUAUAACCGCAUUCUGCCAACACACCAAAUCCACAAUUUUUGUAAUGACUCCCCUUGUAUAAGUUGCAAGUUGGCCCACAAUUGGCAGCCACUUUUCAUUGGUUUUCAGGUUCAUAUCCUUGUGCUUUAGUAUAGAUCACCACUGUAAAUAUCAUGUAACCAUGGUUGCAAAAAGAAUGAGUUGAGUUGAAGUCAGGGGAAGGUGGUAUAGCAACUAGGAGCGUUUUCUUUUGCCCUUU